GCUAGUGUAAUUUCACACGUCCAGCACCAGUACAAAUACAGGCGUGCCGGCCAGUUUGUGGUAUACACCAGUAGAAGCGUGUACAUUCUGCCGUUGGAGUAGAUCGAGAGCCGUGUAGGGUUCGACAGGAUGCCAGGGAUGCGCGGCUCUGCUCCGGUGCUUGCACUGGCGUUGCUCGUCGGAGUCUUCAUCGCCCAGGCCCCUGCAGGUGUGCAGUCCAUUGGCGUGUGCUACGGCAUCAUCGGGAACAACCUCCCGCCGCCGAGCGACGUGGUGCAGUUCUACAGAUUCUUGGGGAUCACCAACAUGCGCGUCUACUCCGUCCAGCUCCAGGCGCUCGACGCGCUCCGCGGCUCCGGCAUCAGCCUCAGCCUCGGCACCACCAACAACGACGUGGCCGUCCUCGCCAGCAGCCUCUCAGCCGCCGCCGCCUGGGUGCAGGCCAACGUCAAGCCCUACUACCGCGCCGCGGUGGACGUGCGCUACAUCUCCGUCGGCAACGAGCUUGCCAGCGACACCGCGCAGAGCAUCCUGGCGGCCAUGCGGAACCUCAACGACGCCCUGGCCGCGGAGGGCCUCGGCGGGGCCGGCGCCGGCAUCAAGGUGUCCACGGCGGUGAGGCUGGACGUGAUCGCCAACUCCUUCCCGCCCUCCGCCGCCGUGUUCGCGCAGCCCUACAUGGCCGACGUGGCCCGGCUCCUGGCCGCCACCGGCGCGCCGCUGCUCGCCAACGUGUACCCCUACAUCGCCUACCGCAGCAGCCCGCGCGACAUCCAGCUCAACUACGCCACCUUCCAGCCGGGCGCGACGCCGGUGAGGGAUGCCGGAAAUGGGCUGAUCUACACCAACCUCUUCGACGCCAUGGUCGACGCCCUGUACGCGGCGCUCGAGAAGGCAGGGGCGCCGGGCGUGAGGGUGGUGGUGUCGGAGACCGGGUGGCCCUCCGCCGGCGGGUUCGCGGCCACGCCGGAGAACGCGCGGGCAUACAACCAGGGCCUCAUCGACCAUGUGGCCCGCGGCACACCCAAGAGGCCUGGGCCCAUUGAGGCCUAUGUGUUCGCCAUGUUCAACGAGAACAUGAAGCCCGGGGAUGAGACGGAGAGGAACUUUGGGCUCUUCUACCCCAACAAAUUGCCCGUGUACCCCAUGAGAUUCGCAUGAACAUCCCCCUAUCCCUAGGCGGCAGCCAACCACAUGAACUCGCCUGGGUUUAAUUUGGUGCAGAUUAAUUAGAUUGAUUGAUGCGUGUGUGUGGAUCUAAAAUUUGAAACAACAUUGAAAUAAAUACUUUCUUGUGGGAAAAAUAAAUAAAGACUUGUACUAUGUGUUUAAUGGCUUUGUGCAUACUUAGCUUGUUCCGUUGCUUUCCGUCCCUGCGGCAUGUACGUACAAGGCAAGGUGCCAAGACAUGCGCUUAGAAAAAUAAAUG